AUGAGUGGGAGCAGUAUUUUAAACACCUUGGCGCAGAGUGACUUUUCGCUCGCAGCUCAGGGGGUGCAUUCGCCGCUGCAACCAGCGUCCCGUCCUGAUACGAACCAUGACCAGCCUGAUGCAUCCAGCCAAGCACAUAGCUCGGCCAACGCCACGUUCGCCCAGCUCAGCAUGGCGUGUUUUGAUAUGAGUGGCGUUCCAGACCCAGAGAGCGGUAUCGGCCUUGAAUCUCAUUCUACACAGGUGGCGGAAAGGCCAAUCGCGCACGCACAACCACGCACGCAUGGUUUCACAGACCGCGCGCGAUCACAGCCGCUGGCGGCAUCUUUGGGUGCUGAAACGGCCGAGCUGCCGCGGGCUGAAGUUGCACUCAGGCAGGCCCGCCUUGAGCAGCUACAGCGUAUCCAUGUACGCCGGCCUCGACACUUUCAGGAAGACUGUCGUGCUCUUCUCACAGUCAUUCUCCUUAAUGAGCUGCGUUCUCGUACCAUGGACACCCCCACCAGCAUUAUGAAGCGUCUAGCUAAGCACACCAGUGUGUCCUACAAGCUUUAUCGAGCAGUCUGGGAGCCCGUCAUGGACCGUUUGCAGGCGCUUCUGCUGGCCGAUGAGACCGAUGAGCACGAUCACUUUAGAACCGACAUGGAACACGACUUGCGCAGCUGA